AAGAGCGAGGUUUAACGCACCGUUCUGUCUCUGCUCUGUGCUGCAGUUCUGUCUCUGAUCCUGAUGGUUGUGAUCCGCUACAUCUCAGUGGUUCUGGUCUGGAUUCUCACAGCUGUCGUGGUGGUCGGGUCGAUUGGUGGGACGGGGAUCUUGUGGUGGCUGUAUGUGGAUCAGUCAAAAUCUGUGAACGUCACUCUACCGGCUCUGGAACUGGAGGUGGCCAAAGACAACCAGAAAGCCCUGCUCAUCUACGCCAUCGCUGCCACUGUCUUCACGGUGAUUCUGCUGCUGCUGAUGUUCUUCAUGAGGAAGCGUGUGGCGCUCACCAUCGCUCUGUUUCACGUGGCCGGUAAAGUGUUCACCUCACCAUCGCUUUCACGUGGCCG